UAGAAACUAGGCCAUAAUUUUCUGGAAAUCCGGUUCCAGUUACAGUAUUAUGGAGGUCGAAGGGCGAAAACGUGUGUGGAGAAUCAUGUCAGACGUUGUGAAGGUCCCGAUUUAGCUUGUUAUUGUUAUUGUAGAAGAACGACGGUCAUGAUUUCUUUAAAAACGGUCAGAAAGCAUUAUGCCAGCGAGCUUUUCUCUGGCAGAAUCUUCAAGCGUGUCAUUUACGUGCAGGGUCAAAGCCCAGACCCAAAAACAAGAGAAUACUUUUAUUACAUCGAUCACCAGGGUCAGUUAUUCUUGGAUGAUACAAAGAUCAAGAAUUUUACUUCAUGCUUUAAAGACAAGGCGUUCCUGUCCUUCUUCUUCAAACGACUGCGGCUGAACACGACAGAGCGCUACCGGGAAUUCCCUUACCUCUCGCUCUGUGGCCGAGAGCGCAACUUUGUGCACUGCGACGAUCGGCCGAUCGUCUACACGCAAAUUGUUGAGAAGCGGAGCGUCGACGGCGCCACGGCGCACCUGCUCAUCUACAAUAACGGCGGGCCGACGAUGUCGGUCGAGUUUGAGCCGCAGAAGCUGUGCAUGCUGCCGAGGAGCGGGCGGGUGUACUACCCCGCUCGUGGCAAAGUCGGAGACAUCGGGCUCGUGCGCUCGGGCCUCGCCAUCGAGUUCAGCCAGCAUUUUGAGUUUCACGGGCCGGGCGGCGACCAAGCCCCGCCGACGCACUUCAACUGGAAGGGACGUCGUUACGUGCUGACUAACGAGGUCGCGCCGAUGGUUGAAGACGACAGCUGAGGUGACCUGUCGCGCGGUCGUUUUCCUCUAGAGCUCUGCAGAACUAACGUGCUGCUUUUGAGUAUAGUAAGUAAAUCUGUUUUGUCUUAUAUAUAAUAAACUACGUUUGCUACGUGUGUUUGCAUGCUGUUUGUUGUGUAAAUAGCCAGCUAAGUGAUCAGCAAAAAAUUUGCGUUUGUGAUAUUUCCAGAUAAUAGACUAGUAUCUGGCUUGCUAGUUUUUUUGUAGCACUCAUGAUACAUCUCUUCUGGCAUGAUAUGUAGAUAUUUAUUAAAUCACCUCUUGCCAACCCAUGCUUAGUAAAGCGUUGUACCUCACCACUGUUGUGCUAGAACACCAUCUGGCAUCUGCUAAUAGCUUACAGGGUUCUGUCCAGGAUUUUUUAGUGCCGGGCGCAUCCAGGAUGCAAGCACCGUAGGCGCGAAGCCAAUCUAGGGGGGUUAGGGGGCACACCCUUGGAAAAUUUUUCAUUUUUGAUAGUCUUAAACUCAAUUUCCUGGAUUAUGAGCAAUAAAAAGCCCAUAUAUUAGACUUUUUUAUUUCUUUUUUUUCUCAAAAAUUAGUGCCGGGCG